AUGAAUCCCGCCGAUGCACACGCACAACGACACCUGCGUCUUCUGAGGAACAUCGAGCUAAGUGAUAACAUACAUGCAUCGAUCGCGAACGAAAUAGCUAAAGAUCCUGACAAUUUCAGUCGUCAGACCAGGGCCAAACAUGCGUACGACAAUGGCCCGAUGCCAAAGAAGGCACGGGUCGGUGUUCCUGUGGAAAACGAAACAGCACGAAGCGUACCACUAAGCGUACCACGAAGCGUUCCUAGACCGCCACCUAAAGUGGCUCCACAAACUGCAUCUAGUGCCACUGCAACUGCCACUGCCACUGUCACUGCCACUGCCUGGUCACUUCCGCGAGAAGCAGAAGUUGCCAAUGCUCUUAGUCCAAACGUAGAAUUUCCAAAGGUAGAUCCGUUUCGAGGAACUUACAAAAAGCAUGUCGUCAAAAUACGUUAUAAUCCGACAAAAUUUCUGAGCUUCGAGAAUCUUAUUUCCAAUUCAAGCGUCGACCCCGACAGGUACGAGGUGGACUUUGACGUUCACGAGUCACAGACCCUUUUCAACAAGAUUGAAAAUGAUUGCUCCAUGCCAUAUCGCUGCGCCAUCGCCGACAAAAAAGACUUCACCACGCAAAAUACUACCCCGUCCAUAAAGGACCGUGAGUUUUUCCAGGCUCUACUGUACAAUGCCAGUCCCGCCUCUUAUUACAACGGUAAUCUUCUUUUGGCUUUUACCGAGGCAGAGGACCGGGAACUUCAACAUUCAAAAAAGUAUAAGACCAAAAGAGAGGCCGCUAGGAUCGAAUAUAUUCAUCUGCGUGACCAUGAAAUUAAGACAUGGUAUACCGCACCAUACCCUGAAGAAUUCAAUAAAAAUAAGAUCCUCUACAUUUGUGAAUACUGCUUGAAGUAUAUGAAAUCGAGAUAUGUUUUCCAUCGUCAUCAACUUAAAUGCUCUUUACGCCAUCCGCCUGGCAAUGAAAUUUACCGAGAUAAAAAAAUCUCGAUAUGGGAAAUCGAUGGCCGUGAAAACGUCAUCUACUGCCAAAACUUGUGUUUGUUGGCAAAGCUUUUUCUAAACUCUAAAACACUUUAUUACGAUGUCGAGCCAUUUAUAUUCUAUGUUCUGACUGAGCGGGAGGAUAUUGGGAACCAAAAUCACUUUCACUUUGUGGGGUAUUUCUCGAAAGAAAAACUGACAUCCACGGAUUAUAACCUUAGCUGCAUUCUUACGCUGCCCAUUUAUCAGAGAAAAGGUUACGGUCACCUCUUGGUGGACUUCUCAUACCUUCUGACAAGAAGAGAAUAUAAAUGGGGAACACCGGAAAAACCAUUCUCUGACUUAGGAUUGCUAUCUUACCGGAACUUCUGGAAGAUCAAGUUAUGUCAGGUAAUAAAGUCUUUGAAGAAUGAGAUUUUGGAAGCUCAAGAGAAAGGUUUGACAUUUCAGUGCACCUUAGAAGACCUUUCCAACCUUACGGGAAUGAUACCAACGGACAUAGUUGUUGGUCUCGAGCAACUGAAGAUACUUCACCAGUUUAAGAAAGGCGAUAAGACGAACUAUGCUUUAAAAAUCAACGACUGGUCGUUGAUAAAUAAUGUCGUGAACGCCGCUAAAUCGAAAAACUUGUAUUCGUUACGUCCCGAAAAAUUGGUAUGGAAGCCGAUGAUAUUUGGGCCCUCAUGUGGCAUCAAUGCAAUGGGAACUAUGAUAGAGACUACUGGUGCGACACGAACGACAAAUGCAGGGCAGAAAAAUGGCGUUGACAGUUUCAAAAAUAGCAUUUCAGUAUUGGUUAACUUCCUGCAAGAUGACAUUGCUGAUCCAAGAAGCAUGGAAGAGACAUGCCUGGAAAAGAUCCAAAGUCAUCAAAGCUCAGAAAUCGAUCCUCAAUUAUUAGGAAGCAUGAGUUUACCGCAAAGUGACGCUUCCAGCGGCUCGUCAGAUGCCAAUAUCGUGCUCCCGCAUUCGUUACCAGAACAAGCUGAUGGGACAUAUACAAAUGACGAGGACGUCUCACGGGCUCAGAACAUCGAUGUAUGUAAUGUCGAGACAUUUGAUUCGGCUUUUGACGGAGAGAAGGAAUUAGGUGAGGAAGACGAAGAGGAGGAGGUGGACGUGGUAAUGGGUACAGCUGAUAAUGAUUUCGAUUACGGGGAUGCUCUUGAGUACGGGGACAUCAAAUUACUGAGCGGCUCCGAGGAUGAUGACGCCAAUUUCGGAAACGACUCAUCUGACACUAACGCAAGUGUCAAAAAAAGCAGAAGAGGACGAGUUAUCAAAAGAAUACAUGAUAGCGGCGACGACAGCGAAGAAGAGCAUGUCGCUACAAGACAUCUCAGGAGUAUGAAGUGUUCGUACUGA